AACGACCAUCGGCCAACGUUAUCUGUGGACGAAAUUGACACUUCUACAUAAAUAAAAUAUUUAAUUUUAUUUACGUUUAAUCUCGUGUGUCGUUUGAAAAUAAAUAAACAUGAAGUUUAUUAUAUAUAAUGGAAGCUAAAGUACAAAAGCAUAUCAUUGAUUACUUUUCUUUUUUCGAAGAGUUCUUCAAUAAGUCCAAAACGUGUUUGAAAAUCUGCCAAAACUGCGCAAUAUCUAUUAAUAAAUUGAUAUAUCGUUGCAAAAAUAUAAAAGAGGCUAGCUUGUCAGGAACUCCUCUCGAAGAAUUUGACGGAUUACAAAGAAAAUUGUUAUCGGCUUUACAUAACCUAAUAUCUGAAAAAGUUCGGGAAAUUCAAAGUCAACGAUCCGAACUUGAAGAAUCCUUUGAAAUACUCUGCUAUAAAAACAGAAGUUUGUUAGAAAGUUGCAAAGAGAUAGACUUAUCACACCAAACAUUGCUCACAAAGGGUACUCCUCUCCAGCCCCCUUUGAAACAGUUACUAGAAUUUGCUGAAGAAACAAUAACAUUUGGAAGUCAAAUCUGUGCCCAAAUUGAGACCUCAUUAAGUGUUUUAUCAUUUAAAGCCCUUAAAACAAAGUCUUUUUCUGACAACUUUAAAAUACCAAUUGACUGGCAGAACAAAAUACCAGAAAUCAUAGCUUAUACAUCCUUUUGCUCUGAAAAUAUUAUAUAACAAUGGAUCUGCUUGGUUCCAUUUUGAAUUCUAUGCAAAAGCCCCCCUCUGCAAGUGAGGCUCAAAAAAAAGCUAUAAAGAAGCAUAAGGAAGCAUUGGAACAAAAGCAGAAAGAAGAAAAAAAUAUUCUUAAUAAAUUCUGUAGGAGUGUAGAGGAAAAAAUAAGUAAUUUUAUAAUGGAUGGCACAAAACCAUAUUUACAAUUUGAUCCGAUGGAUCAAAUGUACCGAUCAGUUAUUAGAGAUGUUGCCACAACAGCCGGGGGUCAAGUAUAUUCAUUUGGACAAGAGGGCAUUGACAGAUAUUGUGUUGUUUACUUAAAAGAGAAAGGGCCAUCGGAGGAUGAACUCACAGUUCGAAGGGCAGGUGGUAUAUGGGAUGAUGACAAAGCUGCCGAAAUGGCACAAAGACGCUUGGAGAUGGAGAAGCAAGCAGCUUUAGAUAAUGAAGAAGAGAAGAGCAGAAAACGAAAGCAUGGUAAAGAGGAAUUGAGCGGUACAUUCUAUAAGCAAAAAUAUGCACAUUUAAUAGGCCAGGAAGCGGCUUUAGAUGCAGCUCAGAAAACUAAUAUGAAUAAAAGUUAUGGUGAAGUACCAAGUGAGAAUAAAAAAGAUUUACGUUCUAUUGAGCAAACUAUGGCAGAUAUUAAAGCAAAGAAAUUUAAAAAGGCAGAAAUUGAGAAACAAAUGGACGGAGAAGGUAGUGUUUGAUUUUUAAUAACUUCCAGUAGAAUAGCUUUACCUAGCAAUAUACUUUGAAUCUUCCAAUUAUGUUAAAUUUAAGGUUCAAACUUAUUUUGUACCAAAAUACAAAUUAUUUAGUCUAACAAAAUCAAUUUACAAAACAAAUAGUUUGUUAAUACUAUCUAAGUAUUACAUUGUCAAGAUUAAAAUAAUGCAAUCAUAUUAUUAUUCAAAAAUAUAGUGAAAUGAGUGGUGCUGUAUUGUUUACUAAAAUACAAUUGUGUAACAUAUUAACUGCUAUUGAUGCAGACUUGUGUUAGUAAAUUAAGCAAUAAUGAUGAUCCAUAUAAAAAAUGAGACUGUAUCAAACUUCUAUCAUCAUCAUCAUCAUCAUCAUCAUCAUCAUCAUCAUCAUCAUCAUCACCAGCCGAAAGACGUCCACUGCUGGACAAAGGCCUCCCCCAAGGAUUUCCACGUUAGCCGAUCUUGCGCUGCCCGCAUCCAACGGCUUCCCGCGACUCGUUCUAAGUCGUCGGUCCACCUUGUAGGGGGCCUGCCCACGCUGCGUCUUCCGGUUCGUGGUCGCCACUCGAGAACCUUUCUGCCCCAGCGGCCGUCGGUUCUGCGAGCAAUGUGCCCCGCCCACUGCCACUUCAAUUUAGCAAUUCUUCGGGCUAUGUCGGUUACUUUGGUUCGCCUGCGGAUUUCAUCAUUUCUGAUUCGAUCUCGCAGAGAAACUCCGAGCAUAGCCCUCUCCAUUGCCCUUUGAGUGACCUUGAGCCUUCUUAUGAGGCCCAUUGUGAGCGACCACGUCUCUGAUCCAUAAGUCAUCACUGGCAACACACACUGGUCGAAGACUUUCGACUUGAGACACUGCGGUAUUUGGGAUGAGAAGAUAUCGUGUAGCUUCCCGAACGCUGCCCAGCCGAGUUGAAUUCGACGACAUCAAACUUCUAUAGUAUAGAUUAAAUUUUUAAUGCUUAGAACUACGUACUAAAUAUCAAUUACUUUGCUGCCUAUUACUAUAAUUAAGGAACAUAGAAUGUUUAGUCCAAUGGUCCUUUCAACUAGCUUAUAGUUCCAUUUAUGAAAUUGACUCUUGAUAAUUAAUUGGAUAUGAGAUAUAGGUCUACCAUAUAGUCUAUUCCAACAAUGACAUGGAGUAAAGAUCGAUAAACAACUUUGAUCUUGAAUUGACAUGACAUUUAAAUAAUCUAUGAUCUUCAUUUAGUAUUCGAGAAUAAAUGGUGUUUUGAAUUUAUUUAACGGUAAUCGUUUUUUAUUUAAAAUAAAGAUAUAUUAUAAUAUAAAGAAAGGUUAGUAUAGCCUUUUCCAUCCUCAGGAGGAUUAAAGACAAAUUAACAAGUUUGACAUUGUAUUGACGAGAUCAGAUAUCUUUGGACGAGAUCUUGAUUUAUUACAUAUUCAUAAUGGAUUCGCAAAAAAUGGCUGUUCAAGUGUUAUUGGAACUUUGGAAGUAAAAUUAAAGUGGUAAAGAGUUGUAUUAUAAAUAAGAUUAUUAAUCAAGAACUGUUUGUAGUGCAACAUAUAACAUGAAAAAUAUGAGGUAUGUUUGUAUCUAUUCCUUUAAUUGGUAUAGAUCAUAUGGGGCAUAAUAUAGCACAGCUGCCAUUGAAAUAGACUAUAAUUAUUAUGGUGUAAGUAUGUUGUGGGUAUUUCUGAACCCUCUACACGGUGGGGUCCAGUUUUAAAGCAACACUAUAGCAUACCAACUUUCUAUAAAAUAAGAAUUUAAUGUUAUUACUGAAAUUGCAUGUUAUUUGUAUGAUGUUAAAUUAGAAUGCUACAUGCUUAAUAUAGAAAUAGGUAAAAAUAAUUAUUUUUCUACAAUGAACCAUAGACAUACAUAGCCAGAACCAUUGAAGCAAUAAUACUUAACUUUUUAAUAUAUAUAAAUAAUAGUAUGGAAAGGAGCAAGGACAUGUGAUUUUUAAAUUAUGUAGGAAUUACCUUUAAGAUGUUUAUUUAAUAUAACAAUACAGACUACCAACUUUAAAAAAAUUUUAGCUAUGAUUACAGGUUUAGUAAUUUUGAAAAUGAGGGAUUUUUUUUUUAUUGUGCCAAGGGAAGAUUAUAAUUCCAAUGCGACAGAGUGCAGUUGAAUGUGGUCAUAAACCAUUUUAGUUUUUUUUUUUU